GAACAGUCAUGGCAAACCUAUUUCAACAAAGUACUUGCAGAAGAGACUGAUAAUGUCAUACAUAAAGUAGACCAGUUUUUCUUCUCCUGGGCUUAUGACUAUGAGAGACUCUGCCUUGGUCUGACCGUCGGCUCUUGUCCUCGGGCGACGGGAUUGGCUUACACUCAGUCUUUCAUCAGUGUUACAAAAAGAAAUCUUACUGGGCAUCAUUCAACGCCUCUAUGUAGCAUUAGUACCUGAGGAUUGAACACCGAGGAGAAUUCACUGAAAAUCCUUCCGCUGCCUACGACGACACGUCCGCCCUUUGUUGCACUACUUAUUUGCCUAUCUUGUAAUGGCAUCGGUCUACGCCAUCUUCGUUUCUGCGGUGUUAGAUGCAUUGCAGGGACAUCAUGCGAUUUAAUGAAAUGGAAUUGGCCAAACUAAGGUUGCUACUGGGUUCAAACUGUCAGGCAUUAAGAAAUACGGCGUCCCUCCUGUCCAGAAACCUUGCAUGCAGUAAAAUCAUUUACCUGUCAGUAAGGUUGGGAGAGCCCGCAUUAGGCCUCCCCAAGCCUAGGCGAUCUCGCGCCACAGCCCAUUUUGAGAAAGUGCGCCAAGCUGCUUUUAAUGAGCUCGCAGAGGAAAUUAAGCUUGUAGACAGUAGUGCCGUCAUCGUCAUUAUUGUCCGUAACGGAUCUACGACCAGUUCCCCUGCGAGGCAAUCGACCUCAAGUUUGCCUGGACUCCUUGAGAGCGCCGGACGGUUUAGGUUGGGUGGGGCACUGGAUACGUCCAAGGCGCGCUUCUUAUUUGCGCGGUCCUCAAACCCAGUCUUGCGGUUCUCUUCCUCUCAGCAACCUUUGGAUGAUCUCAAGGUCAAAGAUUUGUUUGGGGCAUCGGCGGCCUGCAUAUUCAGAGGGGUAUACCUUCGCCGUCCCGCAUUCCGGUCGGCACCUAGAGAAGGAGGAUAUUAUGUGUUCCCCCUGUUCAGACUUCUGCUCGCACUGGUAGGCCCUCCUUGCACCGCGUUCCCGUAUGGUCUGGAAGGGUGCAACGACCUGGCAACGACAAUGCCCCAGCAGGAAGAAAGCGGCACCUUUGCAUGUCGGGCACCUCACUGUCAUUGUCUUAUUAGGGACGACAAGUGGCACAUCGGGACCAGGGCCACAGGCUUCGGUGUGUGCAUCUGGUGA